GGACGGACGGACUGACGGACGGACAGACGAUGGACAGAUGACGGAUAAAGGGGGGGAACGGAUGGAGGAUGGACGGACGGCGGAUGGAUCCGUGGAUGGACGGACGGAUGCAGGAUGGAGGGACGGAUGGACGGAUGGACGAACAGCCGUGUGAUGGAUGGACGGACAGACGGAUGGAUGGAAGGACGGAUGGACGACGGAUGGGCGGAUUGUCAGGCAGAUGGGGGAUGGAUGGAAGGACGGACAGAUGGACAGAUGGCAGAAGGAUGGAUGGAAGAACGGAUGGGUGGUGGAUGGAUUCAUGGACGGAAGGACAGACGGACAGACAGAUGGAGGAUGGAUGGAAGGAUGGGUGGAGGAAGCACGGACGGAAGGACGGACGGGUGAUGGAUGGAUGGACAGACAGACGGAUGGAGAAGUUCAAGGCUGGACAGAUGGACGGAGGGCAGAUGGACGGACAGACAGACUCAGGGACAGAUGGACAGAUGGACGGACAGACGCAGGGACGGAUGGGCAGACGGACGGACGGACGGACUCAGGGACAGAUGGGCAGACGGACGGACAGACGCAGGGACAGAUGGGCAGAUGGACGGACGGACGGACUCAGGGACAGAUGGGCAGACGGACGGAUUGAAUCAGGGACAUGUGGGCAGAUGGACGGACGGACGGACGGACUCAGGGACAGAUGGGCAGACGGACGGACGGAUGGACACAGGGACAGAUGGACGGAUGGACGGACACAGGGCCAGAUGGGCGGGCGGGCGGACGGACGGACUCAGGGACGGAUGGACGGACAGACGGACACAGGGACAGAUGGGCAGAUGGACGGACGGACGGACUCAGGGACAGAUGGACGGAGAGACGGACACAGGGACGGAUGGGCAGAUGGACGGACGGACGGACUCAGGGACGGAUGGACGGACAGACGGACACAGGGCCAGAUGGGCAGAUGGACGGACGGACGGACUCAGGGACAGAUGGACGGACAGACGGACACAGGGACGGAUGGGCAGAUGGACGGACGGACGGACUCAGGGACGGAUGGACGGACAGACGCAGGGACGGAUGGGCAGACGGACGGACGGACGGACUCAGGGACGGAUGGACGGACAGACGGACACAGGGACGGAUGGGCAGACGGACGGACGGACGGACUCAGGGACAGAUGGACGGACAGACGGACACAGGGACGGAUGGGCAGAUGGACGGACGGACGGACUCAGGGACAGAUGUCUGGAUACGAGGCUGAACGGACACACGGAUGGUUCAAGGAUGGAUUUAGGGAUGCUGGACGGACACGGGGAGGGUCGGAUGGACAGACAGAUGGGCCCAAGGCUGGAUGGACACAUGGACAGACAGAUGGCUUCAGGGAUGGAUGCGUGUGAGGCUGGAUGGGCGGACGGACGGACGGACGGAGUCAAGGGUGGACGGACACACGGACAGGUGGGUGGAUUGAAGGACGGAUGGGCUGAGGGGCAGACAGACGGACGCGAGGGUGGCUGGCGGGCUGGAGUCAAGGCUGGAUGGAGGGAUGGACAGACACAAGGACGGGGUGGAUUCAAGGACAGAUGGACACGAAGAUGGACACACGGACGCUGGAUCGACAGCUGACGGAUGGACGUAGGGAUGACACGGACAGAUGGAUCCAAGGCUGGAUGGGAGCGUGGAUAGAUUUCAGGAGGGACGGACUGACGGACAGACGGCUGGACAGAUGGACGGAUGUGAGGGGGGAUGUAAGGAUGCAUGGCUGGACGGACGGACGGACAGAUAGUUGGGAGAUGGGGGCAGGAUUUAAGGAUGGAUCCGAGGCGGGCUGGCUGGACAGACAGAUGGACUCAGGGCUGGCGGCUGCAAUCAAGGACGGGUUGGUGGAUGGACAGACAGACGGAUGGGCUCACGGCUGGGUUCAGGCUUCAUGCCUGGACUCAGGGAUGGAUGGACAGACAAUUGGAUGGACAGAUGGAUGGAUGGACGGAUGGAUGGAUGGAUGGAUGGAUGGAUGGAUGGAUG